GCCGCUCCCGGCGUUUCCGUUCUGGGCCUUGGCCUGGACGUCACCACGAUGUCUCCGGCGCUCGGCCGCGCUCUCGACGUCUCCGACGUUUCCGACUCCUCGUGCCUCCUGUGCCCCGACUCCCCGCGCGCCUCCGCUCUUCGCCGUUUGCCUCCGGCCGUCUCCGGUUGGACCUCGGGCCGUCGGUGUCGCCGAAGGGCGCGGGCGGCGGCCGGGGCGGGCGCGGUGGGGACGGCGGUGGCGGGGACGGUGACGGAAGGUUGGGAGUUGGGUUUGGGUUGGAGGCCGGGAGGCGUCGACGGCGCGGUGGUGGCCGGGUCGCAGUCGAAGGUGGCCCGGGAGGGGCUGAGGUGGCAGAGGGAGGACAGGAGCGCGUUGAGUUGGCUGCAGCUGGGCUGCGUCUUCUACUGGACCUGGCUCGACCCAUCCAUUGCCCGCCCCUCCCCCCACUUCCUCCGCGCCGUCCGCUCCCUCCCUCCGGCCUUCACUCCGGCCACGGCCACCGAGUACGCCGAGCUGCUGGCCACCUUCGGCACGCACGCCGUGCGCUCGGCGCGCCUGGGCGGCCGGCUCCGCUCUCUGACCGCCGUCCGGCUCUGCCGCGCCGCCAUGGCCGGCCUGAGCGCUCAGGAAGCCUCCGAGUGCCUCAGGGCCGAGUCCUCCUUCGGAGGGGUCACCGCCGCCGCCGCCGCGUGCCGGACGGCGCGCGCGGCCGCCGAGGGCAACCUGAGCUUCAGCGAGUUUUUCUCCGAGCGGUUCCUGGAGGUCGAAGGAGGCUCCGACCGCGACGGCGAUUUGGCCUUCGGGAGGCCGGAGGAUUUCUCCAGGUGGUUGAGGAGCGUCCCCGAGGCUCCGGCCACGGUCGAGGCCGACCUUUGGCCGCUCCACGCCCUGGUGCCCAGGAGCGACCCCCGGCGCCGGGCGCUGCGCGCGGCCGUCAGGAGUUACGUCGCGGCCAAAGCGUUGAGGGUCAACUGCAGCUGCGGCCGCCCGGCGGGGAGCGGCCGGAGCGGAGAGAAGAGGACAGGUCAGUGGGCGGCGGGCGGCGGACAUUGGAGAGGGAGGUGGACGCUGGAGUGGGCGGCGGUCGGCGCGGCGGUUGGCGCGGCGGUCGGCGGGCGCCGGUCGGAGCGGUCAGCGGGAGGUGGAGCGGUCAGCGGAGCGGUCAGGACACUGAGGAGAGCUCUGAUGGACGCUCCGCUGACCGCCCCGAUGACCACCGUGACCACCACGAUGACCACCCUGACCACCGUGACCACCACCCUGACCACCGUGACCACCACGAUGACCACCCUGACCACCGUGACCACCACGAUGACCACCAUGACCACCACGAUGACCACCCUGACCACCACGAUGACCACCGUGACCACCGUGACCACCACGAUGACCACCGUGACCACCCCACUGACCACCAUGGCCACCAUGAUGUCCACCCCUCUGACCACUCUAACCUCUGUCCUUCCCUCCCCGCUGACCGCUCCGCUGACCACCAUGAUGUCCAUGAUGACCACCAUCCGCUCCGCUGACCACCAUGAUGACCGCCACAAUGUUCACCAUCAUGUCCGCCAUGACGUCCACCAUGAUGACCACCAUGAUGUCCACCCCGCUGACCACUCCACUGACCACCAUGAUGACCAUGAUGACCGCCAUGACGUCCACCAUGAUGACCACGGUGACCACCAUGAUGACCACGAUGACCACCAUGAUGAUCACGAUGACGUUCACCCCGCUGACCACUCCACUGACCACCAUGAUGACCACCACGAUGACCACCCCAUUGACCAUGAUGACCACCAUGACCACAAUGACCACCAUGAUCACGAUGACCACCAUGAUGACCAUGAUGACCACCAUGACAUCCAUGAUGACCACCAUGACCACGAUGACCACCAUGACCACGAUGACCACCAUGACCACGAUGACCACCGUGAUGACCACGAUGACCGCCAUGAUGACCACGAUGACCACCGUGAUGACCACGAUGACCGCCAUGAUGACCGCCAUGACGUCCACCCCGCUGACCACUCUAACCUCCGUCCUUCCCUCCCAGAUGACCUCAGCGAUGACCACCCCUCUGACCUCCGGACCGCUGACCGCUCCACCUCCGGUAACUCCCCGUGCUGCCCCUCCCACCGAGGCUCCGCCCACCUCUCCGUCCAGGUGUGGGGCGGGCGCGGCUGGCGCGGCGACCACUUGACCGCCACCGACGCCUUCGUUUGGGUCAUCUACGACCGAAUCCGCGCCCGCACUCCCACGGCCUGGAACACCGACCGCCCGCGCUGGGGUCAGCACCUGGACUUGGGCCAGGUGCUCCUCCGGCCCGGAGCUUACCUGGAGCUCCAGGUGUGGGACGAAGACCACGGAUGGGACGACGACCUGUUGGGCACCUGCCGGGAGCCGCUGAGCGCCGGGCGUUGGCCGCGGCGCUCGUGUUUCCCGGGCGGCGGCCAAUUGGAUUUCGGGGUGACGGUCACCUGCGGUCCGGCGCUGACCGGAAGUUCGUGUCACGAUUACCUGCCCAGAGCACCUGAGGGCGGGGCGGGAAUCCAGGAUGGAUCCCCGUGGCCGCCGGAAGGGUCGGAUUGGGAUCGGUUCGUGGUGGAGGACGAGGAGGAUGAGGAUGAGGAAGGCUCGGAGGAAACGCGGUUUUUCCAUCGGUUCUGGAAGGUUCCGGGAGAAGAUCCGGAGGAAAAUCCCGAAUCCGACCCCUUUUCGUGGGCUCCGAAACCUCGGGGAUCGCCCCAAAAUCGCUCCCGGUUUGGCCCAGUUCGGUCCCGGUUUGAGGAGGAUGAAGAUGAGGAUGAAGGUUUGGAGGAAACGCCGUUUUCCCAUCGGAAAGUUCCAGAAAGUUCCGGGGCAGAUCCGGAGGAAAAUCCCGAAUCCGACCCCUUUUCGGGGGCUCCGAAACCUCGGGAAUCGCCCCAAAAGCGCUCCCAGUUUGGCCCAGUUCGGUCCCAGUUUGAGGAGGAUGAUGAUGAUGAUGGUGGUGAUGAUGAAGAGCUCAGCGACGCCGAAUUCCGCCGGCUUUGGGACCUUCCGGAAGGUUCCCAAAAACCCCAAAUUUGA